GGUCAUGUUUUCACAGGGAUUAAAAAGACCAACUACAGCUCACAAGGCAAACCAGUGCAAGUCACGUACUGCUCUAAGCGAGGGUGAGCUUCACCUUUAGGCUGGUGAGGACGGAGGGAACGUAGACUAGACUGGGUUACCUGGAGAAGUCAACGAGGAAAGCUUUUAUCUGACGGGGGGUACACAAUAUAUCGACAGGACUACAUAACGAUAAGAUCGUGUAUUACUGGGACUAACAGUGAAAGCCGACUCAAGAUUCACAGCCCAAAAUGCUCUUCCAGACGCUAUCUAGGCGACUAUGUGGUCCGGGAAGAAGUAUGUUGAUUAAUGCUAUUUCAAGAUCCGAAUUCCAAUCGCGUCCACGAUCUGCUUUUUCUGUCGACCGCCUAGAUCAUUUCGUGUUAACUGUGAAAGAUGUGAACAAAACCAUAGAUUUCUACCGUAAUGUUUUAGGCAUGGACGAGGUCACUUUUAAGGGUUCCAGGAAAGCUCUGAACUUCGGAUCACAGAAAAUAAACUUGCACGAACACGGGAAUGAACUAGAGCCCAAAGCUCAUUGGCCUCAGCCGGGAUCUGCUGACGUUUGUUUCAUCACCAAAACAAAAAUCAGUGACGUCAUCGACCAUUUGAAGGCAUGCAACGUUACCAUUGAAGAAGGACCAGUUCCGCGAACCGGAGCCAAGGGGCCUAUAACAUCUGUGUACUUCCGGGACCCGGACCACAACCUCAUAGAGGUUUCAAAUUACGAAGAGUAAAUGAACUGUAAUUGGGUGAAAUUUACUGUAAGAUACAACACUGCUGAUAACAAGGUUCUUGGCACUGUGCCAAACUAUCAGUGACGGACAGCAUCUCGGGAAGUGAGCGAACGUUUUUGUGCUAAACGAUACAAUAGCCAAAGACCAUGUGGCAUUUUCUUACCUGAAUAAAGGAAUAUUAUUACUGGAUUACAGUCAUUGCGCCUGUGGUCUGUACUGCCCUGAUUUUAGCCAAGUUUAAAGGAGAAGAAAGCAUACAAUUGAUGCCAAAAUCAGACGCAUGGGCGAGACAACAGUUAUGAUGUUUUUUAGACCUUUUCUUUCAUGAGAAGAGGGUAUUUGAAAAUGUUUUUGUAUGU